AGGGCUGGAGCACUUGAGCCGAGGUGUGGAUGCGGACUUAACAAUCCACUUGGUUCGUUGCCUUUUUCAACUCUUAAUUUUUCUUUCUUCUUUUUUAAAGAUGAAUGAUUUUGGAAUCAAGAACAUGGACCAGGUGGCCCCUGUGGCCAGCAGCUACAGAGGGACACUCAAGCGCCAGGCCGCCUUUGACACCUUUGAUGGGUCCCUGCUCGCGGUUUUCCCCUCCCUAAAUGAAGAGCAAACACUGCAGGAAGUGCCAACGGGCUUGGAUUCGAUUUCUCAUGACUCGACCAACUGCGAGUUGCCGCUGCUAACCCCAUGCAGCAAAGCUGUGAUGAGUCAAGCCUUAAAAGCCACCUUCAGUGGCUUCAAAAAGGAGCAACGCCGGCUGGGGAUCCCGAAGAAUCCCUGGCUGUGGACCGAGCAGCAGGUGUGUCAGUGGCUUCUCUGGGCCACCAACGAGUUCAGUCUGGUGGACGUGAACCUGCAGAGGUUUGGCAUGACGGGACAGGUGCUGUGUAACCUUGGCAAGGAGCGCUUUCUGGAGCUGGCGCCCGACUUUGUGGGCGAUAUUCUCUGGGAGCAUCUGGAGCAGAUGAUCAAAGAAAACCAAGAAAAGACCGAAGAUCAGUAUGAAGAAAAUUCGCACCUCAACUCAGUUCCUCAUUGGAUUAAUAGCAAUUCGUUAGGUCAGUGCAAUGAAUUCUGCGCUUAAGAGCUUGGUCCUAAGACUUCCUCUUGUCCAUCAUCCUCGGUGCCCGGCACACUCGGGCCAGAGCAGGACUUCCAGAUGUUCCCCAAGGCCCGAAUCAGCACCGUCAGCGUCAACUACUGCUCCGUCAGCCAGGACUUCCCAGCCGGCAGCCUAAACCUGCUCUCCAGCGCUUCUGGGAAACCCAGGGACCACGAGUCGGCGGAGACGGGUGGCGACAGCUUCGAGAGCUCGGAGUCGCUGCUGCAGUCCUGGAACAGCCAGUCGUCUCUGCUGGAUGUGCAGCGGGUUCCCUCCUUUGAGAGCUUCGAGGACGACUGCAGCCAGUCCCUGGGCCUCAGCAAGCCGACCAUGUCCUUCAAGGACUAUAUCCAGGACCGGAGUGACCCGGUGGAGCAGGGCAAACCAGUUAUACCCGCGGCCGUGCUGGCCGGCUUCACAGGAAGCGGGCCUAUCCAGCUGUGGCAGUUUCUUCUAGAAUUGCUCUCCGACAAGUCCUGCCAGUCAUUCAUCAGCUGGACGGGCGACGGGUGGGAGUUUAAGCUCGCCGACCCCGACGAGGUGGCCCGCCGGUGGGGAAAGAGGAAAAACAAGCCCAAGAUGAACUACGAGAAGCUCAGCCGGGGUUUGCGCUAUUACUACGACAAGAAUAUCAUCCACAAGACGUCGGGGAAGCGCUACGUGUACCGCUUCGUGUGCGACCUGCAGAACUUGCUGGGCUUCACGCCCGAGGAACUGCACGCCAUCCUGGGCGUCCAGCCGGACACGGAAGACUGAGCCCGCCCGGGCCGGGAGCGGGGCCGUCGAGACCCGUCCCAGGACCCUGAAAGGCCGGACCGGCGCAUCCGGCACGUCUCUCGGAAGCAGUGGCCUUACUCCAUCGGACACCAUGGUUCUUCACCGAAGGCAGCACGGUUUCUCACUUCUGAAAGCCUGCUGCCGGGAACCCGCCACUUAAUGAUGCUGUUCCAUUCGGAUGGCCCAGGAAGAAGCUUGGGACCCCCGUCCUAGCCCUGAGCGGGCUGUGUGGUGACAGGAUCGUUCAGGCUGUUGGGUCUUCUCAAAGGAGCGAGCGUGUCACGGACGCACACUUCUUGGAUUUUUUCUUUUGCCUUUUUGCAGCCAGGAAUCACACAAGAGCUCUCUUUGGUUCUGAGGGGGAGCAGGGGGCAAAGACACAUGAUGUUUCAGAAGUUAGUUUGUAUAUAUAUGACUGUAACCUUGUAAUUGUUAUCAGAGUCCCCUAACAGACCUAUUUAACAGAAAUUGUAUAUUGUAAUUUAAAAUAAUUAUAUAACUGUAUGUGAAAAUAGGAAUGCAGGUGGCAUUUUGCUACGUUCGCUGGUUUUCAGGAGCACUGACUAGCGUCCUUUUGCAAACAUUUAAUCUGCCGGAGCAGAUUAAGAGAAGUUGUAAAGUGUGUAUUAUUUACAUUUAAUAUGCCUACAGGAAUAAGGUCUAAGAAGGUUCAUUCCUGUUUUUUGUUUUGUUUUGCCUGGGUUAUUAUCUAUGGCAAGGACAUGUACAUUUGGGAAUUUUUAUAAGAAACUUAAUGUUAUUAUCUGGGGCCUCUCCUGGCCUCUCUGCUUCUCCUUUAAUUGUAAUGUAAAAGCUAUAAAGCAGUAUUUUUCUUGACAGAUGGCAUAUGUUUUCCAUUUCUAUGCAUGCCUUGAAAGUUUAUAUACAAAACUUACUUUAUUUUUUAGUUCAACUGUGUUUCCCCCAGCGACUCACCUCCCCUGACCAGGCAUUUCCUUCCCGAGCCCUACCCCCAUUCCCCAAAUUAUGCUGUAUGAUUAAAAUAGGAAUACUAUUUUUGGAAAUAUGUGACUCCUUUUCAGAGAUCAGGAGGGAUUUAUGUAGCAGCUAUUUUUACUGCAAAAGUAAUUCACUGGACAAAAAUAAUGUAAUUUGUAAGAAAGUUUUAUUUUUACUGCAGCGCCUAACGUACAGAGCUGAAGGUGCAGGGGGAGGAGAGGCUUACUUAAUGAACCUCUCGGACAUGAGUGGAGCCCGAUUUUGUCCCAUCUUGUUUACCUGUGGAGUCUCAGGUUUUCUGGACACCAAGCUGCUCCUUUCUGUUGGGUGUCCACAGUUUUUAUUUUCUUGCACACAGAAAGCCCAGAGGCAAAGAGGGUCAGCAAGAUGGGAAAGAGAAGGCGUUGGGGUCGGUCGUUCAUGUGAAGAAAACGUCUUCAUUGUGAUGGAGACUUUUGUAGUCCUUUCGAAGGAACCCCUGGUUCAGCCUGUGUUCCUGGCUUUUGUAAACGAUCAAGUUGGUUUCCAAGUCAGACAGUCUUCACUAGCAUCGUAGGGGGACCAGUGGUGAGGUCUUUGAAGACAAAUCCUCCAUGUGAUGAGAUGGGGGGAAUUGGGUGGUAGGGUGAGCAGAGGAGAGCCGGAAGGGGGACCAUUGAAUCUUGUACCCACACAAGACCGUCUGCAGUACCGCUGAGCACGGGAUGUUCUUCUCAAGCAAGACCUGUUUAUCUGCCGGACAGCUGUUUAUAACAUCAACAGACAAGCGGCUGGGAACAUCUUGCCGCUGAAAAAAAUCGGCCAUCCGCUCACUCGUUUUAUAUGGGCUUUGACCGCAUGAAUUUGCCAGUGUUUGUCUGUUUUUAUCCACAGAGUUGGCAGUUUUACAUGGCUCGACCCAAGAGUCAUGGAAAAUCAAACCCAUGGUAAACCUUUGGCAUGAUAAUAAACAGGACUUAUCUAUCAAAAGUUUUGUAAUCUGGCCUUUUCUUUCUCAAAUAAUAAAGUAUUUUGUUUACAUCAA